ACCCUCACCUCAUUCCCAAAAAAAAAGAAAACCCUAGGGACACUCUCGGGAAAAACCUAGCCGCCACUCCCAUAGCUGGACACCUCACGGGGCCUCCCCUGGGCUCAUUCUGGACGUUUUUCCUUUCAGCUACUGCUCUCCUCUCGGUUCUACCAUUACACCAUCAACGUUCCUCUCGGAUCUAAAAAAAAAAAAACCCCAGCUUCCCUCUCACCUCACGGCCGCAACACUACACACCUUGAUUCUCCCUCACCUCAUGCCCUCACAGACAACCCUCAGUAACCACCUGUCAGCUGGCCCUCUCCGCCACUCCCUCAGCUUGCCCCCCAUUUUUCCGUUUCUGCAUUGCUGUUGGUGUGCCGCCACUUGCAUCUCGACAUAGCACGUUCCCAUCUCUUUCCUCUCUACUUCUAUUUUCCUCUCAAUAACAGCCCCAAAGCUAAGUCUCUCUUCCUUUUAUUCUUGUUCCUUUCACUUCCAUUCCAUUUCUUCCUCUUGCUCAGUCGUUUCCCUUUCUUUUCCUUUUCGUUUUGUGUUUCGCAGCUUCCUCCCUUGGAUGGCAACCAACAACAUACAUUCCUCUCCAUCACCAUGACCAUGGUCACAACCAUCCGCAGUGAAACCAGCUCCGUGAGUUUUUCCUCAAGCUCCUCAGCUCCCAAUCCAUUGCCCAAUUGCUGUACUGGCCCCCGCAGGCUCCAGUUGCUAGUACUUGUUUUGUUACAAGCCUCGACGACCUCAGCGGCUGAGUGGUUGCCCCUCUUAUGCUGUCCAAUCCCUCGUAGCCUUGCUCAGUGCCUAUUUUGCUCAGCCUCGAUGAUUGAAACGUGCUAUGUGAGUUUCUUUGAUCUCAAAAUUCGGAUGCUUACGCGUGACUGAGUCACAGGAUAUUUAUUUGAACAUUUUUGUGUUUCGUUUACUUGAUUUCGAUGACUUAUGUUGUGCUUGAGAUGGAGACUGACUUUUUAUGAUAAUCUUUUGGUAAAUUCGGAGCCGUUUUGUUCGAUUUUGGUGUUUGAGGGGUACGUUUUAGGUAUGAGCUGAACUUUGUUGUUAUCCUCAAAUGGAUUGGAGUUGUUUAAUUCAAUCUUGAUAGCAUGAGACAAUGUUUAGUAUAUGGGCUGAAUUGCAUAGUUAUUAUCCAAUGAACCUGGGCAUGUUUAAUCUACUUUUACGGUUAUGAAUCGUUUUUUGGGUAUGAGCUGGAAUGGUUAAUGAUCCCCUGAUUGAUUCGUGUUUAUUCCAUUCAAGAAUAAAAUGAGAAGCUGAGUUUGAGACAUCAACUAAAAUGUGGAUGAUAUUUUGACUAAUUUGGAAUGAUUUGGCUCGAUGUUAACGUUUAAAAGUGGAGCUCAAGUUAGCAAUUGGAUUAAGACAUGUUCUUUGUUUGAUUCAAGAUUGUUUGGGUACGUGCUUGUCACUUGUGCAUUUUUUUUAUUUUUUUUUACUCGCGGCCAAGCUGCAGUGAUAUAUAUAUAUAUAUAUAUUUAAUCGAUUUGAGUAUCCCUGCAUGGCUUCAGGGAAUAGGAGUUGCGUUUGGUGUAUGGCCUAAGCUAUAUGACGAUAUCUUGAUUAAUCCGACUAUGUUUUACGUGGUUUUGCCUAGAAAGGAUUGUGAUUGAGCACCUUAUAUUUGGGAUCCAACUUCAAUUCUCUCACUGUUACAACAAACAUUGGCGUCCUGCAUGUUCUUCGCAAGAGAGUUAUUUAAAGGCACGGUUGAAUCUUAGUUGGCUGAAUGCAAAGCAAACCAAUUUGUUUGAUUAUUUUUAUUAAUGGCAUUUUCAAGUGACAUUCAUGUUGUGAUAUUGACGAUGCUCGUAUCUCAGUGAAAUGUGUUAAGAAUCAUCAUGUUCCUUCGAGCUUCCUCUCACAUGGUCCAAUGUACGGUGUCAAACUUGAUUUCCUUGCAUGUCCAUAAUGAGCCUAAAUUUAUAAUGCAUUAGGACUCCUAGAAUUUCUCCUCUUAUUGUGUUUGGAAAGCUUUAUGCUGGCCUUUGCCCCGAUUCUCUUGUAUUUUUUUUCUCAUUUUGCAUGUCACCCCGAGCCUUGGAGUGAAGAGAAGAAAGUUGGAGAGACAAGAAGAUAGAAGACCGAUGCCGAUGGGACUUGAAGACGACAUGGAGACUUACCUAGGCUUAGGUUGAGUCCCUACUUGAAGGCCACCUCGGUCCGUGGUAGUCAUGGAUCUUCCGAGCAAGCUCAUCCCGAGAAUCUCUUGGGAUUAGGUCAGAUACACGCUUACGUUUCCCGGGCGCUCCUAUAUAAACCCCCAGCUUCGAACGGAUUCAUUCUUCCCUCCAAAUCGGUUACAGGAAGUCUCACUCUCUCUCCUCUUUCGGACGAAAAUGGCGCUCACCGCCGCUUUUCAAGAGAGGCUCGAGCAGAUGGAUCGGGCCAGAAGCCAGCGCCUUUCUCUCCUCCAGGCGGAGAAGGAGCUGCAGGCGAGCAAGUCUCAGGUUCUCGAGACGAAGCACGCAAGCAUCAGAUCCGUGGAGCAGAGGUGCUUGAUGCUUGAACAGAAGAUCGCUUCGCAGAACCUGAAGAUCUCCAUCCUCAAGUCCGAAAUUGACAGCCUCGACGCCAAAUACAGCAGCAAUCUGCAGCAAUUGAGGGCGCUGAAGAGUGAGGUGGAGGAACUGGAGGAGUUGGAGAAGGAGAGGGACAGGUUCUACGGUGAGAAGACUCAUAAAAUGGAGGAGUUUAAUCAUACUGUGAGCGAGUUUAUCGCGCAAUGUCGGGUCCGUACCGAAGAACGGAGAGAUGACUUGAACAAGCUUCUGUUGAACUCUGUGAAACCCCAAGGACCAAACAGAUGGUACAAUGGCUUCGAGGUAGCUGCAGCGGAGAAGCAGAAGCACGAGCUCUUGGUGAAGAAGGAGAAUUUGGACCGAGAACUGGCGUAUAAUCAACAAACAAGAGCGAAGCUGCAGAAGAUCACUUGAUUUUAGGCAAGAUGAGUUUGAUUUUGCAGGCAAGAUACAUCCAUGCACAUAGCUGUUAUCUUGGCGGUCAGGUGACUAUUCGAAAGGGUCACGAAUUCCAUCAUAGCUUAAACCUUUAACUGCUCUACACCUCCCCGCGUAGCACAAGUCGGACUAUUUCGGGAAAUAGAGAAGUCUUGGAAAUUUUAUUGAUAAUAGUCAGAAUCCAAAAUCUCUAAAUUUCUAGUCGAAAGCAACUGUACUAAGCCAAUUUUCUUAUCUCAGUCUAUUAAUUUGCUAAGAAAUCCCAUUUUCCUUGGGGAAAGAAAUAAACAGAAAAAAGAAAAUAUAAUCAUGCAAUAAUUUGAUGUGGGUCCAAAUU